UUAAAGAGGGGAUGGGGGCAGAGCGGUUGCUUGGUCUAAGAUCCGGCAUACCAUUGUGUGCAAGGAUAAAUUUUGGCAAGGAUUGCUGACUGCUAGGAUCAGGGUCUCAAAAGCUGCUCCUAUUAAAUGCAGAUUUAGACCUGACUUGGAUGGCCCGAGGUAGCCGGGACUCGCUGGAUUGGGAAGCUAAGCAGACUCCCAUUUGGUGCUGAAUGAGAGACCACCAAGGAAUACUAUGCAGAAGAAGGGAAUAGCAGACCACCUCUUUUAGUCUCUUGCCUUGAGACCCCUUGAGGGGUUCACCAGCAGUCAGCUGUGACUUGGCUGGCCCCAGACAGCCAUGGCUCGCAAGAAACUUUACCGCCCCAUCGCAGCCAUGGCCAAGAAGAUCCGAGAGUACAGGGCUUUGAAAAACCAACCCCGAGACUCACAGCGCUUUGCCCUGGACUACGAGACCAUGACCCGUCCCUUUACAGGCAAGCGUCUGCCUGCACUGGCUUGGGAGGAUGUGAGGAACGAAAAUCGGCUCUUCACCCUGCUGUGCCGGCUGCAUCAUUUUGGCAUCAGGCGCAUGGUGACGCGCAAAUCUUGGGUGUGGGAAUUUGAUGAGCCGUGCUACUGGGUCAUCACCAGCAUAAAAGUGGAUUAUACCGCUGAGAAUAUGGAUCACGGAAAAGCAUGGGGCUAUCUAACAUUCAGAGGCCAGACGGACAACACACUGCAAGAAAUUCCGAAGGUCAUGUAUCAUGAUUGGCGCAUGGUUCCUAAGCAUGAGGAGGAGACUUUUAAGAAAUGCACGCCUUUGCAAGAAGAAAGUGUACGUUAUGUUCCCUACCCUCCGUUGCUGCGGGCCAUGAUUCUUGCUCAGAGACAGAAGGAAGGGGAUCUAGACGCACUGGAGCCUAUUCUCGACCUGGAGGGUUUUGAUGCCCUCAAGGAGAAGCGUUUGAAAUUUUCCCGAAAGAAGCAAGAGGAGGGGACGCCAGUCUGAGGAUCUCGGGGAUCUUUUCUCCAAUCUUUCUAUUUCAGUUUGUUUUCUAGAAAAUUACCCAUAAUGGAAAGGACAUCUUGCCAAAUUUCAGUUUUGCUUAGUGUGUAGAAUGCUGUCAUGAAUCCAUGUGGAUCGGUGUGAAUCCAUCUGGAUAUGCUGGACUGCCCGUACAGGCCAAAUGCAUUUGAGACCCAAAUCCUAAAUGUGUUCAUUGUUUGGAAAAGACCCACUGAUUUGAGUGAAACUGGUUUCCUGACCAGCUGUGUUCAGCAGUGCAUUGAUAAGAACUUUAUCUCACAGUAGCUAAAACAGUUUUGGCAACUGCUAAGAAAUUCCAUCUGUUUUUAAUUGGUUUAGGAGGGUUAAUUAUAACCUUAAAAUAUAAUAAAAUACUUCCAUAACUUA